AUGUUGCCUCAAAACAAGGACCAGGUGCUGCUACAGAACACAGUAUCCCCUGGGCACCCUCCUCUGCGCCCCUCGCCUCUUGUGGACUCACCACCCAGCAACCUACAACCUCUGUCUCCCCAGCCACCACCCUCUCCCUCCCACCCCCCUUACUCCCCUCCCCCACAGUCCCACUCUCCUGGCUCCCAUUUCUAUUCUUCUGACUCCAAUUCUGACUUUAUCCUACACCCUUACUCUUCCUCUCUCCCAAGCUCCCCCAGUUUCUUUCAUCAGAAUUACCUCUCUCUCUCCUUCCCACCCUCUUCCUCUGCCUCCCACCAGCUAUAUCCCUCCCCUGCUCUCACUCAUUCCUCCUCCCCCUCUCAGCUGUGGAACACCUCUCUUCCCCAGUCUCAUUGCCAGUCGGCUUCCCACUCAGGAGACUACCCUAGCUCCUCUGUCACUUCCCGGACCCCCAGCCUACCUUCUGGUGGGGUCCACUUGAAUAGGCAGACAUGGCCCUGGCAUCAGUACGGGGACACCGGGCCCCCUGGGGCAGUGGGGGAAUGUGUAGCAAGCGAGAGGGACCCUGCAGAGUUCAGGGACCCAGGGGCCCUGGCCCAGGCCCUGGUGGUCCAUCUGGGGCACCGCCGCAUUGCACACGACCUGCAGCUACUGCUUCUGCAGCGCCUGUGGCUAGGCAAAACUGGCCAGGCCCCAGUUGUAGAAUAUCCUAUAUGCCUGGUGUGUCUCAAGCCCCGCAGCCCUUCUUGCCCCAUCCCGAGGUACAGGACUGGACCCCGGCUGCUUGCCUUUCCCCAGCUACUGCCCUGUGCACAGGGCCAGGAAUCCGGACCACUCCGCAUAGGCAUUGGUUUUGGCCUCCGCCUGUCUCGGGGCCAGGCCAGGGCCUUGCAUCUGUUGCCAGAAAGAAGGCCAGAGGAAGCAAGGCCUCAGGGCGAGGCCACUCAGGCCCAUGGAUAUCAAACUCGGGCAUCCCAGGCUCCAGCAGCUCAAGCACCAGUGGCUCGGGCUCGGGCACGGGCAGAUCCAGCCCCUGGCACACAGUCCCAGACCGAGAGCCUCAGAUCUACAGGCCCUCGAUUUCCAAACUCUACAUGCUUUUCAGGGACUCUACCUCAGGCACCCAAACAGGCCAUUGUCUCCCUGAAGCGCAGGCCUUCCUCUGCCCCCAAGAGGCCUGCCUCUCCAGAACCCAUUCUCCAAAAGUCACCACCCUAGUUCCAGAGCCUAGGAGGCUACCUGGAGCACCUCCUCUGAACCCUGCUGCCCCUACCCGGCCCAAGAUCUCAGGGAGCC